CGCUGCCCUUUGCCCUUUGCCCUCGCGGCGGCCCAAGAUGGCGCUGCCCAGGCUGAACGGUUGCUGGAGCGCUUUGCGCUUGUUACCGCGGGCGGGGUCCGCCUGGCUGCCCGGCCGCGGGGCGGUGAGGCCGCUGUCCUCCAAGCCCGACCCGCGGCCGCUCCUCAGCGCCCUGCUCAGCACCGUGAAGCGCGCCAGCGGCCGGUACGAGCGGUUCCUGGAGAGGCGCUUCCCCCGCUUCUACCUGCUCUACGCCACGUCCCACCGAGGAUUUAAGGCAUUGUUUUUGGAGGCAAUAGAAAUCAGAAAAAUAAAGAUUAACAUGGCCCAUCAGGGGAUCAGUUUUCAGCAGCUUCCCUACAGAGACAUGGAGAGACUGAGACAGUUUCGCAGGGAUCUGAUCAAGGCCAUUCCAGUAUCACUGCUCUCCCUUCCACCUUUUGCCAACUACUUCGUCUUGGUGCUGAUCUACCUUUUCCCAAGACAAUUGCUGAUCCAUUACUUCUGGACACCAAAGCAGCAGGUUGAGUUUCUGAACAUUUACCAUGGCAUGCGGAGAGAGGCAUACCCAGACAUCAUCGAUGGUUUGGCCCGGGCCACCCAGUUUGUAGCUGACCAGCAGAUCCGGGACCCGAUGCAAAGGCUGUGCACCAAGAAAGCCUUGAGCCGCGUCCUGUUCCUGACGCCUCACUUGCCGACCAUUUUCCUGAGGUACCGGCUGCAGAAUCACGUGCAGGAGAUCCAGCACCUAGACCGGGCCAUGCUGAAGCUGGGAGUGAAGGAGCUCUCUGAUGAGGAAGUGAACAGGGCCUGUUAUGUCCGUGGCCUGAACUCCACCCGCCUCAGCCCAGCAGAAUGCAGAGAAUGGCUGGACCAGUGGCUGAAGCUGUCCUGCAUGCUGAAAGAUUCAGAGGCCUCACUGCUGGCCCACAGCAUGGUCCUGCUGUCCACCAACUACCAGGCAGCCAAGGAGUGAGUGGUGGUUGUCCUGGGCGGCUGCUCUCGAACUAGCACUAGCUUCCCAUCUCAGCUCAUUGCCAGUGCCGUCGGCUGUGAUGGACUUGAAGGGUUUGCAGUGCAGAUCAGCAGCCUGGAGCUAGCAAGAAACCUCUUGCUUCCCUCCAGGCCUGGAAAUCCAACUCUAAAUGACAUGUCCAUGGGAGCUAUGUCUUUCCUCCUGUGCCAGAGAUGAGCACUUCGAUCACCUUUCCUGAUGCACUUGAGCCCCUGAGGGGCAGGAAUCUACUCUGGCUCCCAGUGGCUUAUGUUUGCCUGUCUUGGCAGUGCGUGGAGGCAGGCCUCACAGGGCUGAUGCAGUCUGUGGUUCAGGACUGCACCCAUCCACACCUUUCAUGGUAUUGGAAAGCUGGUUGUGUCCUUGCAACAGUCAGAAAGGACUGGCUGUGCUGCUGUUGCCCCUCAAGCCACAGCAGUUUAAGCGAAGAGCCCUUUCCAAGGGAGAAAGCAAAUCUCUCCUGCACGCACAAACUUUAGACUGAUAUCUUAUUAACAGGUUCACUGCUGCUCCUGUCCGGGGCAGUGCUCCUUACAGGAAACAAAGCUUAGUUUAUUUUGAGUUGCUGAAACUUUUAGGUGUAAAGAAAUGUUGAAGGGGAGGGGAAGAGGGGCACCAUAGCUUGUGACUUUACACAUGGGCCAGUGAUAUCUUAAUGUUCAGAUCCAGAUCUCUGUUCAGUUGUGGGUUUUGUUGUGUUUUUUUUACUUCUCUGUUCCUUUGAAAUCUUAUUGCGGCUUAAAUUGCCAUUUGUUUUCUCUCCCUUGGCUUCCUGCUGGAAACAAGACAGACUGCUUAGGGACACAGUAACAGCUUUGAGUUUGGGAAGCUCUGUAAUGGGGCUUGGUUCUGGCGUUCCCAGUGAACACAGGAGGCCGAGUCCUGCUUUGUAUAGAUAUCACUGGGCCUUAAAGUGCAGGCUGCACCUUUGCUGCCAUAAAUGGGAACACCAAACAGCACUGACCUGCUCUGUUUAGGACAGUUUUGUGAUUUUUGGCCCUGAACUUUCUGCUUAACAUCAGAGGCGGCUAGAAGGGUGAUCAGUGAAGGCUUCUUCUUUGUGUACUUUACUGUCCCUUGCAGAGGAUGCAACUAAGGGAUUAUAAACCAAACCUUUUAACUUUCUAGUGGCUUACAAGUUACAUUAUUUAUUACAGUAAAAAUGCAUGAACAGACUGUCUUUCCAGUAAAUAUUCUUACAUCUGUGGUUCUGUCUGUGUUCGAUUAAAGGGAACAAUUCCAGA